UCUCCCUACCCGUCGUCCUCAACCAAGUCAUCUGCUUGGUCGCCGUUCUACUCCGCUGUGUCGCCUUUCACAAGGACGUAUGACCGCUUCUCGCAAUGGCGCUCAGACCUCGCAUUGCCUUGCCCCGGUUCGGUAGAGAACCUACAAAAAGAAGUUAAAAGUACACAUCUGACCCACUUCAUCUUUGACGGCGCAAGAGCCGACCUAACGAAGACACUAUCUACGAACCCCGCUUUCCAAGUGACACAUUCGUUCAACUUAGCAUCCCAAUCAGCACCUCCGUCGUACAAUUUUGGCGCCGUAUUCGCCAAUGACCAGGUUUUCAUGCAAGGUGGGGUGGAUCAUGAAGGGAGUGUGAACGCUCGGUUCAACAAGGGUUGGACUCCUAACUUGGUGACCAAAAUGCAGGCCCAGCUUUCGUCACAAGCGGGCCACAACAUGAUCCAAAUAGAGAAUGACUAUUCAGGUCGUGACUACAACUUGAAUGUCAAGGCGAUCAACCCUUCCCCUGCCGACUUCAGUGGCAUAUAUGUUGGGAGCUACCUGCAGUCCCUGACACGCAACCUGGCUUUGGGAUUCGAGACGAUGGUUCAACGACCAACGCCGGACAUGACCGAGCUCAGUACGUCAUACGUCGCGAAGUGGACAAGUACCGACAAAAACUGGAUUGCUACUGCACUACUGCAACAGCCCGGCAUACUGCAGGCGACGUACUGGCAGAAGCUGAGUGAGAAGGUGGAUGUUGCUGCGGAUCUGCAAGUCAUCUCUGCCCCUACACGCAGAGAUGCCGUUGCCACGUUGGGCGCCAAGUGGGAUUUGCGGAUGUCAACUUUCCGGGCUCAGCUGGAUUCGACGGGCAAGGUUUCGGCCCUGCUGGAGCAGCGGUUUGCUCCUACUUUCGCGUUCAUCAUUGGUGGCGAGAUCGAUCACUUCAAGAACGCUGCCAAGAUUGGUGUCGGUGUGAUGAUAGAGAGCUCAAGCCUAACACCAGAGGAGAUGGGUAUGCCUCCU